UUUACGUAAUUAUAACAAAAAACUCUAUGUAUUAUUUUACUAUAUAAAGGCGUACUACAUUAUACACAUUCAUUAUACGACAAUAUUUCAGAGUGUGAUUUUCUAUUAUUAUUUUCGUAUAAAUUUUCUCGUGCAUUACGUAUUUUUUAUUAAAUAUGAACCAUAACAGCGAUUUCGAAUCAGGAGCACUUUUGGACUUGGAAUGUUCCCAAACUUUCAAACCAACACAGACAUUAGCCAAUUUUUUGGAAGCAACGGAAACGGAGUUACAAGCCGAACGAAUGUCGACACCGGUGAAAACGGCCAAAGUUGGUAUCAAGAGGAACAUACAUCAAGUACAACAGAAUCUGGAACUCCGGUGUUCGAAAAGAGCGAAACCGACGAGUUCUUCGAAGAACUUGAAAAGUUCAUCAGUGCCUCCGACGACUACGGAGACAGCGACACCGACGGAACAAGCCGAAGUUUCGAAAGGAGAGCAACGCCGUCUCACGAUGUUGGAAUUGCCAAUAACAAAAUUGUUGAGUUGGGUCAAGAUGAACAUAGGGAAAAAUCUCCGGGAUUCGGAGAUUUUUUUUUGAAUUAAUGAAAGUCAUAUUCAACCUGCCAACAGAGUCAGAAGAUCCUACAUUUUACCCACUGACGAUAAUAAUUUUGAUGAUGACAGUAAUUUUACCGAAAC